UUUCAGCUUCACCCAGAUCACAGCCUCUUCGAUCAGGGAGUAAAGACAGACGGCACAGUGCAGCUCAGCCUGCAGAUUAUAACCAAACCAGGUGAAGAGAAGCUGAACAUUUUGGAAAUUGUGAAACCGGUCGAAACAGUGGAGGUGGUGAUUGAUCCGGAUGCAGCAGGGGAGGAGGGUGCCCUGGUGGAGGAGGGUCAGCUCAUUGCUGUGGAGAGGUCUGGCCUCACAGAUGAGACAUCAGAACAGGUUACACGCUGGGCUGCAGCACUUGAAGGCUACCGCAAAGAGCAGGUCCGCCUGGGCAUACCAUAUGACCCCUUGCUUUGGACAGCUGACCAGGUGAUCCACUGGGCCGUGUGGGUGAUGAAGGAGUUUAACAUCGAUGAGAUGGAAAUAGGCAGCAUUCACAUCCCAGGCCGAGAACUCUGCAGUUUCAGCCAGGAGGAGUUCCUUCAGAAAGUGCCCAAUGGAGAGAUACUUUGGAGUCACCUGGAACUCCUACGCAAAUAUGUGUUGGCCAGCCAGGAUCAGUCUGGAGGUGAUGCCACAGUCCUAUUGAUCACCGAACCCCUUUUCUCACCCACAGGGAAGAGAUGUACUGAAGCAGAGCGUGGCCCCAGAACGCCGCGCAUUUCAGGAGGAGAGGAGCGCAGCUCACCUGGCAACCGCACAGGUAACAAUGGUCAGAUCCAGCUCUGGCAGUUCUUGUUGGAGCUGCUGACAGACAAGGAUGCAAGAGACUGCAUCUCCUGGGUGGGCGAGGAAGGAGAGUUCAAACUCAACCAGCCUGAACGUGCUCAGAAAUGGGGCCAGCGCAAGAACAAGCCUACCAUGAACUACGAAAAACUCAGCAGAGCCCUCAGGUAUUACUAUGGGGACAUGAUCAGCAAGGUGCAGGGCAAGCGCUUUGUCUACAAGUUUGUGUGCGACCUGAGGACUCUGAUUGGCUACAGCGCUGCUGAGCACAACCUGGUGACCGAGUGCGAACAGAAGAAACUGGCUCGUAUGCAGAUGCAUGGCAUUGGUCAGCCCAUCACUACAGUGACCUUGGCCACCACGACACUAGACAAGGACAGUUGAAGGAGACCGCAGCCAAAGUUAGCUCUCCACCACUGUCUGGAAUCAAAUCAACUUCAUUCUUUUUCUGACACAGCUGUGUUCCUUAGGCACAGAAAUGCAGGGCUGAUUCCUGAUCAGUCUGGAUUAUUAACUUUGCUAAUGUCUCUCCAGUUUUAGUCCAGCUAGACUGAGACAGGUGAUUUUUUUUUUCAGCUUUACUUUAAUGCUAACCAAGAGAAGUGUGUUCAGGAUGAGGUAGAGAAUGUUUGUGUAAUUACUGAGUGAUGCUGUUAUGACUGAAUGCUUGAAUGUGUGACUGAAAACCCACUUAGGAGCUUGGUGUAAUGUGUCCCUUGUCUGUAGCCUAGGAUGGUUUCCACUGUAUAUACCGGUACUUCAUGUUUUUGAUAGCCACAAGGGCAAGUGUAUUUUCAUAUUUUCCAUUUAUAGAGGACCCUUUUUGUAUUUUAUUUAGUGUUUGUUCCCUAAAUUGUUGGACCCUUUUUGUCCACUAGAGGAAUAAAGUGGCAAGCAUUUUUCUUAAUGUCUGGGGAUUCAGUCAUUUCACCCUUGGGUUUUUAAAAAUAAAUUAUUUAUAUAUUUAAAUCAUAGUAACAGCCAGCCAGCCAGAAAAGUAUAUGUACAUUCAAAAUUUUAUUCAUGGUAUAGUGAGUGUAGAAAGCUUUUUCUUACUCUAAGCAAAUGGUUCAUUUAACUACACACAGAGGAAGGUCACUGACUCAAUGAGAGAAAAAAAGCAUCUUUUUGUCACUAGCCUUCAAAGACACCCAGAGUGAGCAUCAAUACAAAUUUUAAACAUUCACCUGAUUAAGAGCUUCAGUUAGUGUUUCUGUACGUGUGGACAUAAUGCGCAGAGGUGAUAUGUGUUGUAUUUCUGUGGUAUAAAUGCACAAUAUGCAUGUCACAUUCAUGUUGACUGGAGGUGGUGUGAAUAACUUAAUUAAGGGAAUAAGGGAAAUGUGUCUUUGUGCUGAUGCAACAUGUGCUCAUCCUCCCACCAUUAAUGGGCCAUUAAGAGACUGGAUGACAGAUGUGCAGAUUGAGAAAUAUCCACCACAGGAUAAACAGAAGCACUGUACAUGUAUACAUAGAAAAUGUAGAAAAAUGUGCAUGUGUGACUUAGUGAAGGAAUGGAGAAGAAAUGGGACCGUCUAGAGAGUUGCUCUGACCUUCAUACUCCCACCAAUCAAAUACUUGCAUGUUGACUCCAAAGUGCUGUACAAUAUUGCUGACAGUCAGAAAUAGAAGAGAAGCAUGAGAAAAGAAAGACUGAUGAAAACAAACAAGGGAACGGUCAAGAGAGGCAGAGCUUGACAAUGAAACUGGGCCUCUGGAUCUCCUUCUUCCAAAUAUAUACAAUCAAGAGAGACGAUGGAAUGAUGAGUCUGGAAUGAUACGCUUUCAGAAAAACCUCCAUCCUGCAUUUUAACCUUGAUCUUCAUUCUUAAUAAAAACCCAAUGUGCAGUGACAGUGUGAA